CUUACAAAAACAAUAAAUGGAUGAAUAAAACGGUAACACUUGGUGACUUGUUCCAAGUAAGUUCAUUUUGAUAAUUAUUAAAUGAUUCAACGAAUAAACCACAAGGCCCAGUAAAAUGACAACCAUGAUCUCAUAUAAACUCUUUAUCUUGUUGUGGACUCUGCAAAGUAUAAAGACGUACCGUGUCAAGCUGCCCUUGUGGAAGUGCCCAAGAAAUGGUCAAGUUGUCCGGCAGAGAAUCGCAGUCCAAUUGCGCAACUUAUCUACAGCAAGUGAACCACCCUCAACGAAUCCCACCAACCCACUGUCCCAAAACAACCAUAAACAGAAAUCCCAUCCGUCUUUCUUAUGCCCAGUCUAUAGAAAGACCAAGACAUUCUUCCAUAGCCAUAAUCAUUCUUAGUGGGUGUCCCUUCCCUGUAGGUUUUCUUCUCCCUUGGUUUUCGUUAAAAUGGUUGCAGGUGAGAAGAAAGAACUAGUGGUUGUAGAGAAGGAGAAGCGCGAGGAAGUCAUCACUGCCGUUUAUAAACUGCACCUCCAUUGCAAGGAUUGUGCUCGCCAGGUCGAGAAGACAAUCAUAAGAACACAAGGAAUUCAUAAGGUGGAUAUCGAAGUUGAGACAGGAAAGGUUUCGGUGAAGGGUGUGUUCGACCCAGUGAAGAUUCACAAAAGAAUCGAAAAGAAGACCAGGAAGAAAGUUGAGCUGAUAUCACCCAAGCCGAAGGAAAAAGUGGAUAAGCCACCAGAAAAGAAGGUAGAGAAGAAGAAAGAGGAGGUUGUGAAAACGACAGUCAUAAAGGUUCACAUGCACUGUAAGAACUGUGAAUAUGACCUCCAGAGGAAGUUGCUGAAACUCAAAGGUGUUCACACUGUUAAAAUGAAUCGAGAUGCGCAGACUUGCACGGUGGUUGGCACCAUAGAAGAAAAGAAGUUGAUCGAGUACAUUCGCAAGAAGGCAAACAAGCAUGGAGAGAUUGUGCCUCAGAAGAUCGAGAAGAAGGUCGAAAAGGAAGAGGAAAAAAAGAAAGUUGAAGUGAAGGAUGGGAAAGAAAAAGUAGAAGUGGUUAAGGAGAAAGAGGAGGUGAAGAGCAAGGAUAUAGUUGUCCCUUACUUUGUCCACUGCACGCACGCACCUGAUUGGUUUAGUGACGAGAACCCAAAUGCUUGUUCUGUGAUGUAGAUGUUAGGAAUGCAGUGGAACGGAGAAAUACUAUGUCAGUCAGUGCAUCACUUAACUAAAGUUGGACAUUCUCAUACUAAUUGGGAUGAACAGAUUGAUGGCCUUGUGAUCAAAAUCUAUAUGUAUGAAGAUAUGCAAAUAUUUUGAGAAAUGGUAUGGUCUCCCUUCUAAACAAAAUAUUAACACCAUUACCAAAUAUUCUCCUUAAACUUUUUUAUGUUUAGAUAAGAUGUAUGAUGGACAAAAGAAGUGUAGUAAUUUUUCACCAACUUUGAUCCCACUGCCGACAACCAUGAAGGUAAUUGUUUUUUUGCAUGGA